UAAGACACAUCCAUACUAUUUACUCUUAAUUUCUCUUCUUUAGUGCAGUUUAGAGCAACAAGAACCAAAACAGUAUGCUCCUUCUUCCUUCUACCAACUUUUAUACCAAAUGCUUCUUUAAAAAGCAAUUCUUCCCUUUGUAAAUGUGUUUUUUCCCUCCUUAAAACUGUAUAACCUUUUCUAAAAUUGAGUUCUUGCUAUGUUCUUGCAAAAGACUUUCAUAUCACCGAGGAGCAAGUGGUGGUAUGAAUGAGACCCCUCCAUCUUUAAAUAGAAGUCUUGCGUUUGAGUUAAAACUCAAACUCGUGGUGGGAACGCUUUCCUCUUAUGUGGGCCCUAUGUAGUGCAAAAGGGUAUCUAACGUUCACGUAGGGUCCGGGUAAGGGGUCGCAUUCCAAGAGGUAUUACGUAGACAGCCAAUCCUUACACAAGGUUCAGUGGCUGAUUUCACGGCUCGAACCCGUAAACUAUAGUCUCAGAGACAAAUUUACCAUCACUCCACGACUCUACGCUGAAUAAAUACGAAUUAAUCGAUCCAGCAGUUAUAGACCCAUUACCUUCAUAUGGUCAUGGGAGGGAUGCGGCAGGUGGAAGGUACAUCAGUCUUUUAUUUGGCACUAACCUUACUGAUGUUAUCAUCACAGGUGAGAAUGGGACAAUAGAUGGGCAGGGUGCCCUUUGGUGGCAGAAAUUUCACAGCAAAAAGCUAAAAUACACAAGGCCUUACCGGAUUGAAAUUAUGCAUUCUGAUAAAAUUCAGAUAUCAAAUCUAACUCUUGUCAAUUCUCCAUCUUGGAAUAUCCAUCCUGUUUAUAGCAGCAAUAUCAUUGUCCAAGGCAUCACUAUUUUAGCUCCAGUAAAAUCUCCAAACACUGAUGGGAUCAAUCCAGAUUCUUGCACAAACAUGAGAAUUGAAGACAACUACAUUGUAUCUGGAGAUGAUUGUGUGGCAGUUAAAAGUGGUUGGGAUGAAUAUGGCAUAAAGUAUGGAAUGCCAACAAGUCACUUGAUCAUCCGGCGCCUCACUUGCAUUUCACCUUAUAGUGCUGCAAUAGCAUUAGGAAGUGAAAUGUCAGGCGGGAUUCAAGAUGUUAGAGCCGAGGACAUCACGGCCAUCAACACGGAAUCAGGGGUCAGGAUCAAGACAGGUGUCGGGCGAGGCGGCUUUGUCAAAGAUGUAUAUGUCAAAGGGAUGACACUUCACACCAUGAAAUGGGUAUUUUGGAUGACAGGCAACUAUGGAUCACAUGCUGACACUCACUGGGAUCCGAAUGCAUUACCAGAGAUCAAAGGGAUCAAUUACCGGGAUGUGGUGGCUGAGAACGUGUCGAUGGCUGCUCGGCUUGAGGGUAUUUCUGGGGAUCCAUUCACCGGAAUCUGCAUGUCGAACCUGACAAUAAGUAUGGCAAAGAAGGCCAAGAAGUAUCCAUGGACUUGCACUGAUGUAUAUGGAAUUACAAGUGGUGUGCAGCCUCCACCUUGCCAGUUGCUGCCUGAUCAGGGCCCAGAGAAGACUGAAAUGUGUACUUUUCCUACAGACAGUUUGGCCAUUGAUAACAUAGAGAUGCAAAGAUGUUCCUAUAGAUUGAAUUACUGAUAAGCUCUCCUAAAUGUAUCAGCAAUAUAAGUGUAAUGAACAUCUGAAGUUUUAGUGUUUUCAUCUUCAA